AAAGACAUUGCAAAAGACAUUGCAAAGGCAAUUACAUGUACACAAUACUCGCGCAGGUGUUGAACACUGCUACUAGUGCUAGUGCUAGAGCAUUCUGGCCGUAUCGCGAAGACAACAUCAAGUCUGUGGACUGCAUCGGCGUGUCUUUGAAAACUCGGGCAACUAGUUCCUUCCGAGAUACCAUCGGUGAACAAGAUCAUCUUGAGGCUGACUUGGAUCUGAUACCUGGAUACACAAGCCGAAUAUAGUGUGGACACCAGCCAGCAGAACCAGGCUCGCCACUGACAUCCAAUGAUGCCCAUUAGCUACGAAUGCCUUCAGUAUCUGGACUGCAUAAAGUGAGGUUUUAGUAUCACCCCGAAAACCAUGAGUGCGCUAUCGUCUGGCACCUACACUGAGAACUUGCGAGCUGUUGGUUCGCUAGCUGUGUCGCUACAGCAAUCAUUUCUGGAGCUACAGCAAUACCUAUCCCAGUUAUUGGUGGCAGUGAGCGAUGCUCAAGAUACGCUCAGAGCAUCGGGGACAUGCUGCAAGAAUGCUGAAAACUUGCUUCAAGGCUUUCAGAUGCUACUGACCCAGUCGGGGCUGGAUGCCGGCCGUCAAAAGUGGACUCUAUCUGAGCAGAGCAACGAUGGGCAAGCCAAGCAGGCUUCUGACCGCAUUGCUGGCUGCCAUGCCGAUGUAGAACAGCAGUUAACAACAUGCGGUGAGCACGUAGACAAGCUGAUGUCUGUGGUGGGAAAGCACUUGCUCGUCGCCAAUUUCUCUCCAAGCCGAGCGGUCCAGAAACCCAGUACGCCUGUCAGAGACGCUGAUACCCCGCCGCUAUCACAGACACCAGACUCAUUCCUGGCUAGCACUGCUGCGGAUUCAAUCUUGGCCAGUGCAUCCAGUCCACGGGACUACUCUGAUGAUGUGGCUGUUGUGAAGGCAGCCCUAUUGGAGGGUGGGAACAGCUCUCUGGGACUAGACAUGCAGGAACUAUCGCAGCGGAGCAUUCACGAACAUAGCUCAGAACUGAGCACAGCCGAUGUUUCUGAUGAGAUCGCUGCCUGUGAUCACUCAGCUGCUGGUAUUGCACCGCCAGGCAGAGUUGUUUGCAGUCCAGAAUCACUUCAACACCAGUCACGUGACCCAGCUAAUUCAGCUGACCCGCAUAGUACAGUGGAGACUUCACAACCCAGUCAAUACAACAGUAUGUAUGCAGAGCACACAUCAAUGGCAUCGGAACAAGUGGAGGCUGCUUCGGCGGCUGCAUCAAACAAUGAUGUUAGAUCCAGUGAUGCAGCCCAAAUGAACGUGGAUGAAAUGAAUGGCAGAACUGAUGAGUCUUCUGCAUCUGAUACCAGCCAAGUGCAGUCCCCGGCUGAUUUGAGUGCUGAGAGCAGAUCUACCACCCAGUCAGCACAGCCCAGUAUAGUGUGCGACAGAGACAGCCCCACAUCACAACCAACAGCAGACACGCAUGACUCUGAUACCGUUAGUAGUCUUGCACAACAAAAACAGCAGCAACAACUACUCCAGCCUGUGGCAGAUCCAGAGCGCGAUGCAGGCAGUGAUAACAAUACCAUGAUGUUCUUUGACCUUCCUGGGUCGAGUGCCCCAGUGCGACGCAAGCCCCGGCUCAGUAGCGAGUGCAUCACACGACCUUCCAGAAGCCAAAUGAAGCAACAGCAGCAGAACCAGCAGCCACAAAAAGGAGCUGCCUCCUCCAAAACGUCGUCUCCACCUCGCGAGGGAGCAACAAGCACGACGUCACCACCGCUGACAAGGAGGUCUCCGCCAACUCCAAAGAAAUCUCCUCAACCGCCGAAGAAAUCGCCACCCACGUCGAAGCGCUCGCCGCCGACACCGUCCAGAGACAUUCAACGUCAGAGUUCCGAAGAAAGACGAUCGUCACUACGAAGCAGGCAGGAUGCUGCAAGCAGGCAAGGAACUGCAUCUCCAAGAACAAGCAGCCCCAGCGGAAAGCAGUUGUCUCGCAAAGGACAAUCCACGUCAAGGUCCUCAUUGUCAGGUGCAAGUGCAACAGCAGGCUCAUCAUCAUCAUCAUCAAGUUCAGACAGUGGAGGUACUACAUCAGUAUCCCCCGCAGCUGUAACAGGUAGAGUUACAGAUACUACUCCAGUCUCUUCAGAUACACGUCACUUGGUGGCUGUCAAGGAGGGUGGUCUGUCACUGGGGCUGCGGAUUUCUGGUGGCCGUGGAUAUGGCGUGUUCGUUGACUUUGUCACCCUCGGAAGCCUAGCCGACACAUGUGGACUGAAAGUUGGUGAUCGAAUUCAGACGUUUGCAGAGCGUGACUUUGCGGACAUCACUCACAGCGCUGCUGGCCACUCCAUGCUGGGACUGAGCGGUGAAGUCCGCAUUUCCGUCAAGUACAGCAUAAAGGAGUAUGAAAGUCUUCCCAAAGGCCGUGACACGCAGGACAACUUUUUUAUCAGAUGUCACAUCAACCGACCGUCGGAAGCCAAGAAGACCAUACAGGAUCUGGGCAUGGCACCGGGUGAUAUCUUCCUCGUUACAGAGACUGCCCCGAGAGCGCAUGACGACCGGUGGAAGGUUAACCAAGUUGCCAUGGCUACUGGAGUCGUCAAGGAUAAACAUGGCUUCAUUCUCUCACGGAAAAAGGCUGCGGACAUGUUGUAUCCAGGCACUGCACAAGUGGAUGGCGAGGGUGGAGCGCCCACACUGUAUGAACCAGUGUCACUGCUGAAGUGUGAGCAGCCGCGACCGGUGGUACUUCUGGGGGCUCCUCAAGCGGUGACAGCGCUGCGCACGCAUCUGCUGAAGGAGUAUGAUAAAGUCUUCUGUACUUGUCCUGUCUAUGAUGUAAUAGGAAAUGUAGACAUGUCCGACAGACCAGAUGUCCUCCUACUGACCAACAUUCAUGACAGCAGUAGACAAACAUAUGUCUACAGAACCAGUGUUGGCCAGGCUGCAGAGAAGGGUCUUCAUUGCUUACUGGACGUAUCACCCAGGGAUGUAGUGACUAUGCUAAGCAGCAAGCAAUACCCCAUCGUCAUUCUCCUGCUGAAGAACAAGUCAGUGGUGUCGGCCAAGGAAGAGUUCGGUUUGUCUUGGCUGCACACUGGCAAUGUGACGCUGUCGAAUGUUGCUCGUCGUGAUGGUCAGGCUGUGCUACGCAUUGUUCAAGACCAGCAGAAGAAUGUCGUCUGGGCACCACACGAUACUCCACUCAGCGAGUUCAACAGCUAGGUGACAACAGCAGCUAGGUGACAGCGCGAUCGUCGAUGUACUGGUGCACCAGUAACUGAUAACUUGAGCUCAGUGUCGGUGAGCAUGAACUCAUCCUAUGAAUCCGGAAUGAUGUCAUCAUCACGAGGCACUGAAUGACGUCAUCAUGGUCAAGGUGAACGAUGCAGGUUUUCUCGACUGGUCCAUGAGUAUUCUGCAUGACAAGGUGACAUUCUUGAUACAUGUAUUGUAUUUGUUAUUUGGGCAGUUUAUUAGUUUUUGAAUGGAUAGGAGUUCGGAGCUACGCAAUUUUAGUUACUCCAUUCUAUACAGAUCUUUCUUUUUGUGUAAAUAGUAACUCACUUUGUGAUUGGUUAUUCAAAGUAUCUAAAGGGCUUGAGCUAUUGAUUCAUGCCGCCGAACCCCCUGCUGGACAGGAAGAAUGGUGGAAUCUAUACACCUGAGGAAUGCAUUACCCAGUACACUCGCCCCCACUUCCUGCCAUGCCACAAACAACAUCAUGAUAUUGUACACUUGUACGUAUUGUGCACAACCACAUAUGAAUAAUUAUUAUGAUAUAACGUUGACGAUGACUAACAAUUUCUCUCUCUCUCUCUCUCUCUCUCUCUCUCUCUCUCUCUCUCUCUCUCUCUUUGAUAUUUUCAAUGAAUGGACGUUUGCAGUCUUGAACUCUCUGAUGACAACGCAGUCAUUCUUGUG